AGAGAGAGAGAGAGAGAAGAAGAAGAGAGCUUAACCAUCGAACGGAGGAGGAAGAUUCUUCCUCCAAUUACACAUCUCUAUUUUUACGGAAUAAUUCGUAAUUUUAGUGUAAACAAACCCAAAAAAAAAAACGAAACUCAACACUGCAAAAAAAAAAAAAAAGGAGAGCUCUCCGUUGAAGUUUUCUAUCUUUCGUGAAAAUUAGUGAAGACGAUUAGAGGGUAAUGAAAUCGAAACAGUGUUCAAUUCGAUUUUAAUUCGAAAGGGAUGCAGCACAAUCCAUUCACCACAAUGCGAAGUCUGAAUCUUGCAGAAGGAUGUAAAGGCACCCAAGUCUACGCCGCACCUCCUCAACAACAACAACCUAACGGAGGAGGAGGUGGUGGGAGCGACAAGUUCCUCCAACACCUCCAAGACCAUCUCCGCGUCAACUCAAUCCGAUCCAAAUCAAGCCGCACUUACCCUCAAUCAAACGUCGUCGUUUCGCCCGAUUCCCUCCUCCCUUUCGGCCUCCCUCUAACAGAUCUCCUCGAGCCUCACAUCGAUCCCUCCUUGAAAUUCCCCGAUUUAGUCGACAGGAUGGCCGAAAUCUACCGCCGCAUCGAUAACUCCGAUCAAUCGGAGAGAUCCGGAGCUUACCUAGAGCAAUGCGCCGUCUUCCGCGGCUUAUCGGAUCCGAAACUCUUCCGGCGAAGUCUCCGGUGCUCUCGGCAGCACGCCGUCGACGUUCACUCGAAGGUCGUGUUGUCCUCGUGGCUUAGAUUCGAGAGGAGGGAGGAUGAGCUCAUCGGAACAACCUCUAUGGAUUGCUGCGGGAGAAUCUUGGAAUGUCCAAAGGCCACUCUUGUUUCCGGGUAUGACCCGGAAACAAUCUACGAUCCGUGCCUAUGUUCCGGAGGAGGAGUUUCUGUUAGCGAUGUUCAAGAAUGCUCGACCUCAUCCGAGGAGGAGGCGUUGGAUUACGAUAUGGCAUUUUGUAUCGGCGACGAGGAAGUCCGUUGCGUGCGUUACAAGAUUGCUUCUUUGUCGAGACCUUUCAAGGCCAUGUUAUACGGAGGGUUUAAUGAAAUGAAACGUGGCACGAUCAACUUCACGCAUAACGGUAUCUCCGUGGAAGGGAUGAGAGCUGCUGAGAUUUUCAGCAGGACUAGUCAGUUAGAUGACUUCCCUCCUCAUGUAGUCUUGGAGCUGCUGAAGCUAGCGAAUAGGUUCUGUUGCGAUGAGUUGAAAGCUCGUUGCGACGAGCAUUUGGCGCGUCUUGUUGGGAGUUUGGAUGAGGCGAUGUUGUUGAUUGAGUAUGGUUUGGAAGAAGCUGCGUAUCUUCUUGUGGCGGCUUGUCUUCAGGUUUUUCUUAGAGAGUUGCCGAGUUCUAUGCAUAAUCCGAAUGUUAUAAAGAUCUUUUGUAGCGUUGAGGGGAGGGAGAGGUUGGCGUCUCUUGGACAUGCUUCUUUUAAGUUGUAUUUCUUCUUGAGUCAGAUUGCGAUGGAAGAUGAUAUGAAGUCUAAUACGACUGUGAUGAUUUUGGAACGUUUGGUUGAGUGUGCGGUGGAGAAUUGGGAGAAACAGCUCGCGUGUCAUCAGUUAGGGGUUGUGAUGUUGGAGAGGAAAGAGUAUAAAGAUGCUCAGAGAUGGUUUAAUAUAGCUGUUGAGGCUGGUCAUGUUUACUCGCUUGUGGGAGUUGCUAGGUCUAAGUUCAAGCGUGAUCAUAGAUACUCGGCGUAUAAGAUUAUCAACUCGCUCAUGUCUGAUAACGUAGCUACUGGGUGGAUGCAUCAGGAGAGGUCCUUGUAUUGCAGUGGGAAAGAGAAGCUGCUUGAUUUGGAUACGGCUACCGAGUUAGACCCGACUUUGACAUUCCCUUACAAGUUCAGGGCAGUUGCGUUGGUGGAGGAGAAUCAGUUUGGUGCUGCCAUUGCGGAGCUGAACAAGAUUCUUGGAUUCAAGGCCUCUCCUGACUGUCUGGAGAUGAGGGCUUGGAUAUCUAUAGGUAAGGAGGAUUACGAGGGGGCUUUGAAAGAUAUUCGAGCGCUUUUGACAUUGGAGCCGAACUUUAUGAUGUUUAACGGGAAAAUCCAUGCUGAUCAUAUGGUGGAGCUGCUCCGUCCGCUGGCUCAGCAGCGUAGCCAAGCUGAUUGCUGGAUGCAGCUGUUUGAUCAUUGGUCUACUGUGGAUGAUAUUGGUUCUCUAGCAGUUGUUCAUGAUAUGCUUGCAAAUGAUCCAGGGAAUAGUCUUUUACGUUUCAGACAGUCUCUUCUUUUGCUACGGCUGAAUUGUCAAAAGGCAGCAAUGCGUUGCCUAAGGUUGGCUCGAAACCAUUCGAAGUUGAAGCAUGAGAGACUUGUGUAUGAAGGAUGGAUAUUGUAUGAUACAGGCCACCGCGAGGAAGCUCUGGCCAAGGCUGAGGAGUCUAUUUCCACGCAAAGAUCAUUCGAAGCGUUUUUCCUCAAAGCUUAUGCUCUUGCAGACUCAACGCUCGACCCAAAGUCCGCAGAAUACGUUAUCCAGCUCCUUGAAGAAGCACUUCGGUGCCCCUCAGAUGCUCUCCGCAAGGGACAAGCUUUGAACAAUCUAGGGAGCGUAUAUGUGGAUUGUGAGAAGCUGGAUCUUGCUGGUGACUGCUAUACGAACGCGCUCAACAUCAAGCACACACGAGCACACCAAGGUCUUGCCCGUGUUUUUCAUCUGAAAAAUCAACGUAAAGCUGCUUAUGAUGAGAUGACAAAGCUAAUAGAGAAGGCUCAGAACAAUGCGUCAGCAUAUGAGAAGCGCUCUGAGUAUUGUGACCGUGAGAUGGCACAGAGCGACCUUAGCCUAGCAACACAACUAGACCCACUCCGAACCUAUCCUUACAGAUACAGAGCUGCAGUUCUUAUGGAUGACCACAAAGAAAAUGAAGCCAUAGAGGAGCUUUCGAGGGCGAUAUCUUUUAAACCAGAUCUGCAGCUGUUACAUCUACGUGCAGCGUUCUAUGAUUCCAUGGGAGAAGGAGCAUCUGCCGUAAAAGAUUGUGAAGCAGCAUUGUGUAUGGAUCCAGGUCAUGCAGAUACACUAGAGCUCUACAACAAAGCUCGUGAAUCAAAUGCUGCCGACCAAAAGUAGAACAAAACCAUCAUUUUGUUUGGUCUCUCUCCUUCUGGUAUGCUUCUACACUGUUCCAUUUCCUUCUGCAAACAGUAACUGAGCAAUCAACAAUGGUUUGGUUUGGUUUAGUUUGGUUUGAGUGAACAGAUAACAAAAAAAAAGCAAAGCAUAGCCAUGUAAAUAGAAACUUCUAUACUAUUUUUUUCUUUUAAGUUUUGGUUAUUGGAGGGUCAUGAUACUAUAGUAGUGCAGAGAGUGUUUCUUGCUGCUACAUAAUAUGUUUCUGGCCAAAGAGGGAACCAUGAAGAAGAACUUACCUCUGGUGAAAUUGGACUUCUUCUGUCCUGUUUCUGAGAUGUGUUAUUGCUUCUUUCUUUGAUUUUUGUUUCAUUUUUACUGGAAUUAUGUAAUUGUAUCUGUAACUUCCUCAACUUUUUUUCUUUUACAUAUUUCUUGUAUUGAUUCUCAAAGCCUCCAGGAUGUGUUUUUUAUCCUCUUGACACAAGAAAACAAAGAGACUAUUCAUUCAAUAUACAUUUGAC